AUGGCCCAGACAAACUGUGCAUGGCAACAGAUGGGCCAUGUUUGGAGGGCUGAUGGUGCAUGUGCUGAGGUGGAUUCUGACACUGAAGCAGUUGCUGGAGAGGGAUUUAAAGUUGGCUGCAUCUCCUGUAAGAUGAGGGGGGAAGUGGAGGCCACUGCCACGGUGGACUGGUACUUCAUGGCUAAAGGAGAAGCAGACUUUGUCCACAUUUACCACUAUGAUGGUGAGCCAGACAUAAAAGAUGAUCGAUUUGAAGAACGAGUGCACUGGAAUGGCAGUAAAAACACAAUGGACCUGCAGGAUGCGUCAAUCUACAUUCUAAACGUGACAUUCAAUGAUACGGGUGUUUACCGCUGCCUUUUCACGCGUACCCUCACCUACGAAUACUACGAAUACCAGACCACAGCCAGCAAGUUGGUUCAUCUCAAUGUGGUGGCUAAAGCCACGCGAGGCACUGCUUCCAUCGUCUCCGAGGUGAUGAUGUACGUGUCCAUCAUUGGGCUGCAGCUGUGGCUGUUGGUGGAAAUGAUUUACUGCUACAGGAAGAUUGCUGCUGCUGGGGAGGAAGCCCUCAGAGCCAGCGCAGCGGAGUACUUAGCCAUAGCAUCAGAAAGUAAAGACAACUGUGCAGGGGUGCAGGUGGCUGAGUAA